AACAAAAGGAAAACAAAACAAACAUGGCGAAUGCUGUAGUUGAGCAAGAACUCUCUGACAUUGAUUGGCUUGUUAUGAGAGCACGUAGUUUUCCUAAGUCAGAUCCAUUUUCAGCUAAAGCUUGGCUUAUUACGGCGAAAUCAUUAUUUCCACAAUCUUUUGUUAUUCAGUUUGAAUCUUAUCUUGUGGAAAAAAAUGCAAAGAAUGUUGAUGAAGCUGCAAGAUAUCUUCAAGACAUGCUGCAAACAUUUCCCAAUGAAUCUCGACUGUGGUUGGAAGUUCAUAGCAUACUGGAAUCUCUUCAGAAAGAAACACUGGAUCAAAAAUUGACUUUCCUUACUGAUUUGUUUGCUGCACUUCCCACCUCAACCCAGUGCUUGAUGGUGUUGCGGGUCUCGGAAACUAUAUCAGAUGUUUUGGAGAGGUGUCAACUGUUACUGUUGGCAAUGAAAAAAUUCCCCAAUCUAGUUCAGGAACAUGGGCUUAAGCUUGUUGAAAUGUUGGUCAAAGAAGAAACCAAUUCAGGCAUAGUCAAUAACCCAGUUAAUUGUUACAGGAAACUUCUUGUGUGUGAUGUGAUGCCUCUGGUACUUCAGAAGGGAGGUCACUUGGAAGUGAAUAUGUUCCACCUGUACGUUUGGCUUCAGAGAGCAACAGAGUUUUAUGUAAGCUAUGUCUCACAGCCACAUAACCAUGAGCCCACUUCAGAAGCAGAGACUUCUAAAUCCAGAGGACUUACAGGUUUAUCAGAAGCAGAGAUGCAAGUUACAGAUCCUUGGGGAAAUCUUCUUCGUCUUCUCUUGUUAAUUGGUCAACGAUUGAAGUGGGACAUGGAGCUGGAUCUUGUGAACAAAACAAAAGAUUGUCAGAUACAGUCCUUACAACAUCAGCUAAUGAGAAUAAAAUCUCACGGAUCUGAUGCCAAUAGCAAACAGAUUUUACAUACAGCCAUGGUUUUAUUUGUUCAUGCCAUGGUGAAUUAUGUCAGCAACCUUGAUGCUGAGUCAUCUUUAGCAGGUUCAGCACAUUUGGUACCAAUAGUUUUAGUUGAAGGACUUAGCUCAAGGUCUAACUCUUCCUCCAUCAAUAAAAGUAAAAAACCUAAGCUGGACUGUACGUAUCCAACUAUAGAGACGUCUCCCAACAUAAUCUCUUCAGCUUUUGUUCUUCAAUCCUUUGAAACUGCUGUCAGGUGUUAUGAAAUACUCAAUUCUACAGAAGAAAUGAAAUUUGAAUUUUACAAUUUGUGUCAAAAUUGGAGGAAAGAAACCAAAACCAUGUUAUUAUAUUUUCAAAUUGACAUGGCCAUAUAUCAGGCAAACUAUGAAGAAGCCAUUACAUUAUUAUUGCAAUUACCAGUUACAGCAAAUCCAAAGAUGAAGGUAAGAAAUAACCUUCAAUUGGCCUGCUGUUAUUUUUAUCACAAGCAAUAUUCAAAAGCUGUGGAGCUUAUUCUAGAUUUGUUGGAAGCCAUUCCAUUAACAGCUGCAACUUCAUCUGCCUGGUUUCAAGGGGAUAGUGCUGAGGACAAAUCUGACUCAGCACACAGUCUGUUUAUGUUACAAUGUGUGGACUCAGAGAUCAUCCCUUACUGCAUUCAAUUUCUCAUUACUGGUCUUAAGGAGAGGACAUUGUCUCCCCUUAAAACGGAUUCCCUGUUAGCACAUCUCAUCAUACUGCUGCAAUAUGAUUGGCCAAAAGGAGAGUUCCUCUUUUGUGAAGUCAUCUCUAUUAUUAAGAAACAAGGCAGCUUCACUUACAAUUCUUUUUUUUCAUAUGUGCACCAAGUGGAUAUUUUGGAAGAAUUUGCAUUUUUAGAAACAGGGGUAGGAGGCUUGGUGAAUCUAGAUAUUAUGCCAAACAGCACAAAAGUAUUAGCACAACAAAGAACAGUAACUCGAGGUGUCAACAAAGGUGUUAAGGAAGACUUUAAAGCUACAUUAGAAAAACAAGUGGCUUCUGUCAUGGAGCCAAAUCACAUUCUGCUGCAUAGAUUUCUUAAAGAAGAAAGAACUGAAAUUUUAAAUAAUUUUGUAGGAAGCUAGACUUUAUUUACUUUUAGUGAGACUUCAAGUAACAUGGAAUAGAAGUUAGCCUCCAUUAUUUGUUUUUGUAAUCAAAUAUAUUGUCAUGAAUGAUACUGAACAGAAUAUUAAAUUUGUUAUUUUGUCAAAACUUUGAA